AUGGCCACAAAUUAUAAUGGCAUCAUCAUUAAAUCUUUCAAGUUGCAUGGCUUACUACUUAGUAGUGAGGCCUGUAGAUAUUUAAAUGAAAAUUUGCCAAUAUCACAUGGAUCUAAUAAAGAAAAAUUAAAUGAAAAUUUGCAAUUGAUUAUCGAUGCGUUACAAAGGCAACCUUCAUCGUCUACUAUUAUCGACAAGGGACGUGUAGAAUCAGCAAUUCAAGAAUGCCAACAAAAUUCUCAUGACGAGCAGAGCAAAAUCUUCAAUGUUAUUAAUAUCUUCAAAACUCCAAAAUAUUAUUAUAAUACGGAAAAAAAGAAAUUCCUACGUGGCAAUGAUGAUACUAACACUUUUGGAUUAGCGAAGGACAAGGCAGCAUACUUUCGAGAAAGAUAUAACCUUAUCUAUCAGAGAACUAUCCGUCAUGAUCUAUUUUGCCCGUCGUCUACGGGUAAUAAAAAUAUCGACAAAUAUCGUCAGCAACAACAAUUUGAGUUAAAAUCCAUAGAAUAUCUUUUAUCAACUAGUAGAAUAGAAGACAAAAUCGUAGUGCUUGGUAUGAUUACAAGGCACAGGGAGGGAGGUUUCGCUCUCGAGGACAUUACCGGAAUAGUAAAGCUUGAUAUAUCGAAGACCUUAUUUCACGCUGGCUUAUUUACUGAAGCAUGUUUUGUAUUGGCGGAGGGUGUAUACGAAGAUGACGUAUUUCGGGCCUCAGCUAUUGGAUUUCCACCAGCUGAACCUGCUAAAAGCUUUUACCGACAUUUCGGUGAUAUUAAUUUGUUCGGUGGUCCCUUCACUAGAAGUUUUAAAUUUUCGAUUAAUUUAAAAGCAGUUGAAGAGCAUAAUUCUGGUACUAUGCUAAUCUUUUUAUCUGAUGUCUGGCUCGAUCAAUCAAGUGUAUUAGAUAAACUCCGUACUCUUUUUGCUGGGUAUUCAAAUGCUCCUCCUAUGGCUUUUAUUUUAAUCGGAAAUUAUCUUUCUACACCAUACGGGUACAAAGAAUCUAAAAUUAUGAAAGAGUGUCUUCAAACAUUAGCAGACUUAAUUUGCGAAUUUCCCAAUAUCAAAGAAAGAAGUCACUUCGUAUUCGUCCCUAGUAUCCAUGAUGUAGGAUUUGGGAAUAUCUUACCUAGACCUCCACUUCCUGAGUCGGUAACCGCUGAUAUAAGAGAGAGGCUUCCGUGGGUAGACUUUGCAUCUAACCCUUGCCGUAUUCAGUACUGUACACAAGAUAUCGUUAUAUUUCGAGAGGAUAUGAUUGGAAAAGUUUGCAGAAACUGUAUUCACAUCCCAGAAGAUGGAGAGGAUAUCCCAUCACAUUUUGUAAGGACAAUUACAUCUCAAGGCACCUUGUGUCCUUUGCCGUUAAAUGUCUCGCCAGUUUAUUGGAAUUACUCUUAUGCUUUAAGCUUAUACCCAUCGCCGGACUUGGUCGUUUUAGCCAAUAAUUACGAACCUUUUGAGAUUUCUCGAAUUGGAAGCUUAUUUAUAAAUCCUGGUUCGUUUUCAAGAAAUGAUUUCUCCUUUCAAGUUUACCUACCAUCUAGUCGCGAGGCCGAGAAAAGGUCAGUAUUAAAAUAG